AUGACUGGUGGCACUUAUAGACUUAGCGCAGUGCUUGUUGGCCAUGAGCAAGAUGUUAAAGGCGUGGCAGCGGUUAGCGACGAAACUGUAGCUAGUUGCUCGAGGGAUGGCACGGUCAGAAUCUGGAAGAAAGGAAGCCAAGGCAUAUGGAAAGAUUACAUUGCCUAUCAGUCUGACAAAUUCCUGAAUAGCCUUUGCUUUGAUAAACCAACUGGACAGUUAUAUUGUGGCGGCCAAGAUUCACUGAUAACUAGUGUCUCGCCAACUGUAGAUGCAAUGAAUCAGGAGCCCACUUAUGUCCUAGUGGGCCAUAAGAGCAAUGUGUGCGCUCUCACUGCUUCUCAGGGCUAUGUUCUGAGCGGGAGUUGGGACUCAACUGCUCGUAUUUGGUAUGAAGGUGCUUUGAAGCACGAACUAAAGAGCAAGCAAUCCAUUUGGGAUGUAAAAAUGUUGCCUGAAGUAGGCACUUAUCUGACGGCCUCGGCUGAUGGGACGAUUAAGCUUUGGUCGGGCGAAGAGGCUAUCAAAUCAUUUGACAACAUUCAUACAGACGUUGUUAGGCAUCUUGAUGUUCAUCCUUCAGGAGAGCAAUUUGCUAGCUGCUCAAACGAUGGAACUGUGAAGAUCAACGAUCUCAAUGGACGAACUGUGCAUACCUUGAACGGACACGAGAGUUUUGUUUACUGCGUCAAAUAUAUGUCUAACGGUGACAUUGUGAGCUGUGGUGAAGACAGGUCCUUGAGAAUAUGGGGAUCAGACGGUUCCAUCAAGCAAGUCAUCAGAGUUCCCGCCACUUCAGUUUGGGACUUGGAUGUACUGCCUAACGGUGAUAUCAUGAUUGGUAGCAGCGAUGGAAAUUCGCGUAUUUUCACUUGUGACCACAAAAGGAUUGCCUCACCAGAGGAACUGGAUCAAUUCUCCAAGGAAGUAGAGCAAAAUGCCAUCAAUUCACAAACAAUGGGGUUUGAUGAAUCAAAGCUUUCGGACAGCGACACGCUAACGAAACCUGGAAAUGAAGGUCAAGUCGUUGUCGUGAAAAAUCCAGUUGGUGUUAACGAAGCUCAUCAGUUCUCGCAAGGAAGUUGGCAGAAAGUUGGUGACGUUGUGAGUUCGACGGGUAAUGAUCAAAAGAAGGAAUUUGGUGGCAAGCAAUAUGACUAUGUUUUUGAUGUCGAUGUGCAAGAAGGUGCGCCUCCAUUGAAGCUACCGUUCAAUGCAAAUGACAAUCCUUAUCAGGCAGCAGACGAUUUUCUAGCAAUGUAUGAGCUCCCAGCAAGCUAUAAGGAGGAGGUGGUGCGGUUUCUCAUCACAAAUACGGGUGGAGUAGAAUUACAAUCGGAAAACCCUGGCUCGGAACCAUUAGAAACAAAUACUCCUCUGCCGUCAAUGACGCAGAAGAGCGUAUUGCCUGUCAAAAGCUAUCUCGAGAUUUCAUCUUACAAAGCCGAUGCUAUAUUUUCGGGUAUCGUUAAGAUUAAUGAACAAGAGAACACAUUCGAUGAUGGAGACCUAGCAGCUUUGGGAGCCGCCUUGCACAAUGUCCGUGAUAAUAUCGAGCUGCUCUUUGCCCAAGCUUGUAUUAUGCGCUCGUCUUGGACUAACAAAAUUCCUGCCUAUGAUGUAAUGCGACUGAUCGUUUUUUAUCUGCCAGAGGUAGAUAUAAUGAGUGAAUUUAUCGAAGAGGGUCUCGGUUCCUCAAGCCCUCAGUUGGAAAUGCUAACCAUAAGAGCGCUGGCCAAUUGUUUCAAAAACAAGCAUUGGGGUCUUGAGCUAAUGUCGAAAAGUGCAGUCUACGACUCCGUGUUCCAUACAAUUGAAGCGGAGCGUCAGGCUACUGCAAAAACUGGAAAUUUAGCGAUAGCUGUCGCGACCUUACUAUUUAAUUACAGUGUUAUGAUACUGGAAAGCGGAAAUACGAAUAUUCUUCCGGCAAUAGCUGACGCGCUAAAUAAUAAGUUUGGCCCUUCAGUCAUGAUACAAAACUCCGAAGAAGCCGCUUACAGAGCGCUUGUGGCAUAUGGAAAUUUGGCCACAAUCGAGCCUACACUUCUACAGUUUGCAAAGUCCGUUGCCUGGAUAAAAAAAGUCAAGAAUAACUAUGGAUAUCUUGCUAGAUUCGAUCAAGUGCUUGGUGACCUGAACGUUGAUUAA